AUGUUUCGACGCCCAAAUGAAGACAGCGAUGACGAUGAACCGGAAAUCGUGCGAGCCAAGCCGAUGGACCCGAAAUACUCGAAAAAGUUGGGAAUCACCGGCAAGGACUUUGUCAAGGCCUCGGACAGAUCGCAGCAAGACUUCUACGGCAAGCAGGAUGUGAAUCAAGGUGGAGGCGCGCCGAAGCCGCUGGAUACAGAUGAGCGCAACCGUAUCAACGCCAAGAUUAUGAAGGCCGAGAUGAAGGGUGACACAGAAUUGGUAAAAAGGCUAAAGAGAAAGCUCGAAUCCGGAUACGAAGAUGACGAGCCUUCAUCCAGUCAUAAAGUCAAGGUACUGAUGAAGCAGGAUAAGUCUGGCAACUUGAUUCCAGUAGCGUCAAGGCAAGAACAUGGCACUUCAUCAAAGAGCUCAUCUGGCAUUCGUAAGGAACUAGAGAAGGACCAGAGCUUGGACGACAUGAUUCGUGAAGAGAAAGCCGGCACCUCUGAGGAUCAAUUGAGAUUGUUUGAAAGGAGUCUGAUCAGUAGCGCAAAAAUUCGUCGUGGCGAUGACGAGAGCGUGGACGAUAUUGCGGAGAUGCAGAAGGGUAGAAGAAAGCAUGAAGAAAAGGAUGCGCGUAAGAAGAGGCAAAAGGAAGUCAAAGAGCAUAAACGGCUUGAGGGCGCCUUUGAUGCGUGUACGCGUUGUUUUGAGGGCAAAAGAUUGGCCAAGCAUUGUGUGAUCGCGGUUGGGAUUAAUACAUAUUUGGCGGUGGCCGAGUGGGAAGGGAUGGGCGACGAGCACUUGUUGAUAAUACCAAUGCCGCACACGGCAUCUACGAUUCAGCUUGAUGAAAAUGUCUGGGACGAGAUGCGGAUCUGGCGGAAAGGGCUUGUAGCAAUGUGGAAGAAAGAAGACAUGGACUGUGUUUUCCUCGAGAUGGCCUACGAUGUCAAAGGCAACCAACAUUGCGUCGUCGAGGCCAUUCCGGUCCCCUUUGAAGCUGGCGACAGCAUGCCCAUCUAUUUCCACAAAGCGAUCGAGGAAUGCGAGUCGGAGUGGAGCGACAACAAGAAGCUCAUCAAGACGCAGGACCUGAGAAAGCAGAUCCCGCGCGGAUUCGACUACUUUGCCGUUGAUUUCGGGCUGCAGAACGGGUACGCGCAUGUGAUCGAGGACCGCGAGGCUUUCCCGAAAAAUUUUGCUCAUGAAAUUUUGGGCGGAAUUUUGGAGCUGCCGCCGUCGAGUUGGCGAAAUACGGCCCCGCUGUCGUUCGACAAACAGAAAGCACGAGCCGACAAGAUGAAAGAACAAUGGGACGAGUUCGACUGGACAAAACGCAUUGACCGCGAAGCC